AUGAUCCACCCCGAUGGCGUCUCCAAGCACAAGGCGAGCGCGCAACCGGGAGACGGGAGGCGACCUCCCGCCGAGAUGCUCCACCUGCUUUCCGCGAUCAUUGUUUGGCUAGUAACCGGCACGACCAUCUCUAGCCUCAACAAAUGGAUCUUUGCCGUGUACAACUUCAGGUACCCCCUCUUGCUGUCUGCUCUGCACAUGCUGACAGCCAUCGUGGUGGACUACGGCUUGAUUAAACUACGGGUGAUCAGCUGCACGGGGGUGGCGGAGCAGGACUUGACACCCGUGGCUAAAUGUAAAAUCUUCCUACUGAGCCUCACGUUUUGCGCCAGCAUCGCUUUCGGCAACAUGGGUCUGAACUACGUCCAGCUGUCCUUCGCGCAAAUGAUCUACACCACCACGCCGCUUUUCACUCUGGCCAUCUCCACUUUGAUCCUGGGCAAGCAGCAUCACAUCCUUAAGUACACAGCCAUGAUGCCCAUCUGCCUAGGGGCUUCCUUCAGUAUUAUGGGUGAGGUCCAGUACGACCAGACCGGCUGCUUGUUUGUCAUUGCGGCCACCAUGUUCAGGGGCGUCAAGUCCAUUCAACAGAGCAUUCUCCUCCAGGAAGAGAAGAUCAACUCGGUGUUCCUGCUCUACUUGAUGUCCAUCCCAAGCUUCUGCAUCUUGACCGUGGCGGCCCUGGCGCUGGAGAACUGGGCCCUGCUGGAGUCACCGCUGCACUACGACCGGCACCUUUGGGUCUUCAUCCUGCUCAGCUGCUUGGGCUCGGUCCUGUACAACCUGGCCAGCAGCUGCGUCAUCACGCUCACCUCGGCCGUCACCCUACACAUUCUGGGCAACCUGAGCGUAGUGGGCAACCUGCUACUGUCCCAGCUGCUCUUCGGCAGCGAGCUGUCCGCCUUGAGCUGCGCCGGCGCCGCGCUCACGCUGUCCGGCAUGCUAAUCUAUCAGAACUCCGAGCUCAUCGUCAGCUACGUGGACACGCGCAGAGCCAAAACGACAGAUUCCCAAGGUGGGGACAAAAUAAAUGAUGAUGAAAUGAGGAGUCGCCAGCAAAGAACAGAGCUGGAGAUGAAGAAUAAGACGGACUGA